CACUUUUUUGCUUGGGAAUGUGAAAUAUAACAUACAUAACUCAGGCAACCUUGUCUUGUCCAGUAAUCACUUAUCAGUCAUUCACUUGAUCAACAUUAGAGUGAACUAAGGAAGAAUGGCCUCUAAAGUUCGUGCGAUAUUUUCCCAACGCGCCAGGAGCAUGGCUCUCUCUGCAGCAGACACAGCAGCUGAAGGACCUUCAAGGCGCAUGCGAUGGCCGUAUACUAUGUCGGCUAAAAUGGCCCAGUUUCCAUUUAAAAUGUAUUACGAUAAGGCUCCUCUCACCCAUUACCUAAUACUUGGAUUCAUUUGCUCGUGGCCCUUGUUCAUAUUUUUCCAGAGAUUGGCUCGAAGCCCAGAAAACAUUAAGAAGUGGGACGACAUCCAUGAGGCCACACGUAACCAUCCUAAAGUAUGGGAGGAGGAACAUUAAUGUGUGUAACCUUCAUUCAUAGAUUAGAAUUAAGUACUUUUUGUUGGAUCAGUUUUUUUUCUGUUAUCUUUUUCAUUUGUGAAUCCAAUCUCAUUUCAUAAUAAUCUCUAUGUUCUAUUUUAUUUUGUAAAUUUCAUUCAUAAUUGAAUUAAAGUUAAAAGAAAUCGUCAAAACACUA